AUGUGGGUGCGUGCACUCGCUGCGAUCCUGGCCACAACACUGGGCGCCUGCAUUCCCAAGGCCGAUAUUGUGUCCCUCUCGACGGAGAGUGAUCUGGCACAGAUACGCGCCUGUCCCUGCUGCGAUUUUAAGAUGGAACAGAAUAUUACAGUUCCGCGCACCCACAUCCCCAUUAAGGAGUUCUCCGGGAGCCUUGACGGAAACGGUAAUUCGUUGCUGAUAUCAUCUCUCGAGAUUGGUGAAAGCUAUGAAGAUUUUGGAUUUUUCGCUACCAUCCGUAGAGGCCAGGUUUUUAAUUUGAGUAUCGUCCUAGAGAACCAGAUUACUCUGCCUGGCUCCAUAAGGAGCUUUGGCUUUCUUGCUGGCGACGCGGUUGAUCCGUACUUGUACAACGUCGCGUUGCUCUCGGACAGCUCUGGAUCGGCCAAGAUAACCAUAAAUUCCUUGCAGGCAAACUCAGAUGGACAGCCCAUGUUUGUUGGUGGACUCAUAGGGAGUGUUCUCCUGGAGGCACACACAUUUGAGAAUGUCUUCAGUAAGGCCAAUCUUACUGUCUACUCCCGCUCCUCGGCUCCGCUGACGGUUGGGUCUAUCUUCGGAUCAGUCGGCGGGUCCCAGCGCGUUAGCUCGAUCAGGGUUGAUAGCCUUUCUGGCUUGAAUGUGUCGGCCCAUAACACAAAGACGCUUAUUGUUGGCGGUGCCAUAGGUUCUGCGGAAGGGUCCCGCAUGGUAAGCACUUCGGCCGCGCUUGGACUUGGUCUCAGGGUAGAUAUUGGGACGGCAACCAGUGCUAUGGUCGGAGGCUUCGUGGGUGUGGCUGCCCAGCUCAAGAACGUCAAUACUUCGUGGGAUAGCGUCAACUGCUACGGCACUGACGGUGCUGACAGCGCCAGCAACUGCAUAGUCGGGGGAAUCGUAGGGAUGCUUCGGUCUACUGCAGACGACACCAGGGUGUCUGGGAAUCUGGCGACGCAUAGUAUAGGGACGGUAGGGUGCUACUAUGCCUCGAUCUGCUACGCUGGUGGAUUAGCCGGGUGGAUGGAGAACAGUGACCUUAAUGAAGGGUCCACCUCCAUGAAUGUGUCCGUCCAUAGCGUGCAGAUGUGCCACGUAGGUGGCGCUGUUGGCUACACCAAUGGCGGCAUAUUUACAGCAGUAUCUGCAGCAGCCUACAGUGUUAGUGCCAAUUCGAACAAGACUAUCAUAGACUCCGCCGCAGUUUAUCUAACUGUCGUUGGAGGCGCCAUAGGCAGCGUCGAGCGUAAGGCGUUGUCAGAAUAUUUUGAGCUCUAUCGCGUAUAUGCACGUGUGUCCACGCUUUCUGCUGAAGGAAAGGGUGCUAUCGUGUCUGGUGGGCUUGCAGGACGAGUAGUGAGCUUUGCCGUCUAUGUCAAUGACAUGACCUACGAGUCGGAUGUGGAUAGUGGCGGGAGCAUUAUAAGGUGCGGCUCGACGAUCGACAAUUAUUCUGUCUCAGUACCCAGUACCGGCGGCGCUGAACCGCUGCUAGACCUAUACCUUUCAGUUGGUGGCCUCAUUGGCGAUCUUAAGUUGGGGCGCGUAAGCAGUUGCCAUCACUACUCAACGAAUUUUAUUGUCAACGCACGUAACAACGGCGGGUAUACAGGUGGCAUUGUCGGGCUUUGCCUCUCCGCCCACAUCGAUAGCUCACUUGCCAAUAUUGGCACCAUGAAGGUAAGCAGUGAUGAAGCACAGAGCCUACUAUACUCCUUUGUUGGAGGAGCAGUCGGGAGCCUCACCAAUCAUUCCAGCCUCAAAGAGUCGUAUGCAAAUGUUAACUCGACUACGGUGUCUUCGAGUUCCGGCAUAUCCUAUGGUGGAAUUGCUGGAAGUAUUCGCAACUCAACUGCCACCACUAGCUUUGCAAUCAUUAAAGCAGUCUCCCUCACGCGUAAAGCAGCAUCGACAAAGAGGUUGUCCUAUGUUGGCGGUUUCGCUGGUUCGUGCCGCAUGGGGGCUGAGGUCGUGGCAUCGUGGACUAGAGCAAAGAUUACGCUGGUCGAUGAGGUGACCGAUUCGAGCGCCAAGCCUCUGCUGGUAGGCGGCUUCACUGCUUCUACGGGAGACACCUAUAUUGGACAGUCGUACUCCGAGACUGAGCUCAUAUUGAAUAAGGAAAACAAAAACUGUGGGCGAUUUGCAGGCUACCUUUACAGCAACACUAACUUUUCUUACAAUCUGGCUCUCACUAAGAUAAGCCUUUCCACAGAGGCGACGCCUGCAUAUGUACCUCGUGGAUUCUGCGGCAACGCUAGUCAGUACUAUCUUAAGAAAGGAACUAAGCAGGAUAAUAAAAUGCGCAUACUAGGGUGUAUAGCAUACAAAACAGAUGGGGAGACACCAGAUGACAGUCCCCUGCCUUCGACAAGCACAGAAGACGUUAUCCCCACAAACACUAAUUACACCAAUGGAGUCUCUUAUCAUACGGAGACAGACCUCAAGACGAAUACACCGUAUGCCAAAUGGACAAAUGUCAUUCAAACAACUGCUAAGCCCAAUCGAUAUAAUGUAACAGCUAAUUUACUUCCUGUCUUAACACAACUUCCAACCUUAUCAGCAUCUAGAACUUUGUUUACUUCUACUUACACUUUGUCUAUACCUGUGUGCACGUAUACUUAUGGCUGCUGGACUAACGGCUCGGAGUGUCUAUGGAAAAAUAAGCUAGACAAUGCCUACAAUACCUUGCCGGUUCCAAAGCGGACCGUCAAUGAAUGCCUGGGGCUGAGUGCCUGUAAGAGCUCUUUCCCAGGAAUUGUCACAUGUUCAAGGGGCGUUCCAGUUUCUAAAGACUUCCUCUGUAUCAAGUGUGGCGCAGACAAGGAUUGUGUGACCUUUGACUCUAGCGACCCUAGCACAUGUGAUACGACAGAGAACACAUGCAAAUGUGGUCUAGGAACUGCUGGCUUGACCUGUGCCAUUCCGUUUUGCCGGGGACCAAGCCAGAAGUGCAAUGACCCAAAGAUUGGAACAUGCACCGCUGUGUCUGGAAUCAGCCGCUGUGUCUGUGCACAAGGAUUCUACUCGCUUGAUAACCAGUGCGUUGAGCGACACUCCAACUGGAACCGUGUUCCCUAUAAUUCUAAUGACUCUUUGAGGAGGUCAGGGGACAUUUCGGUUGCUCCCACUAUCACUCUCCUCAUCCUCUUGCUGAUUGUCGGGGCUUUAGUCAUAUACUUUGGACUGGCAUCAUGUGGCAAGGUACACCUUCCAUGCCAGUCAAAAUCCGCUAUGGCCGCAAGUGGAUCUUACUUGCGUGUCUCAGACUCCACUCGUACUAUAUCAGCUCUUUAA